AUGUUUGGUUUGGUCCAUUGUAAUGCUUCAAUAUUAGCUCGACAAAAUACUGAUCCUACUCUGCUCUUCGUUCGGCUAUUAGUCAAAGACUGGCUCUGGCCGAUCAUAACUUUUUUCGGUGUCACCGGUAAUAUUUUAGCAGUUAUUGUACUUACAAAACGACGUAUGAUAGUAUCAUCGACGAACAACUAUCUCAUUGCUUUAGCACUUGUUGACGCCGCUUAUUUGUUCUUGACAUUAAUAUUAAAUACAUUGCAAAAUCCUUGUUUUACUGAUCGAUCUUUCGCUCAAAUUCUUCUAACAAUCUGCCGGCCAAUAGCUGACUUUUCUUCGAAUACGAGUGUUUGGCUAACAGUGACAUUUACCGUUGAACGCUGGGUAGCUAUUACAUACCCAUUGCAAAGUCGUACAUGGUGUACCGUACAUCGCGCACGAAAGAUCAUCUUCAGUGUUAUGUGCGCCGCAUUUCUUUGCACGUUACCGUCGGCAUUCGAAAUGAAGCUCGUACGAAUCAUUGAAAGAAAAAUCAUCGCCAAUAGGACAACUCUUGUUAGCCGUAUUGGUGCAAGGCCAACGACUCUAGGGAAUAGUGUGCUGUAUCAUCAGAUUUACUUCAACUUCGUCACUUUUGCCAUUAUAUGGAUUCCACUCGUGUUACUUCUGAUAUUUAAUACAAUCCUUAUUUCUUAUGUACGUCGUUCGAAACGAAAACUGCAACAGAAUCAAGAUGGUAUUGAACUGCGUCGACAUAAUCGAAGUAGUCAAAGUGAACAACGGAAAACAACGAUUAUGUUGAUUGCUGUUGUCAUUGUCUUUACCGUUUGUCAAAUUCCCCAAGCGAUUUCGCUAACCGUUCUGUCGAUCUUUCCAACAUUGGCUCGAACGUCUCGAGUUUUAAUAUUUAAUAACUUCGCCAAUUGUUUAGUGGCCGUCAAUGCAUCGAUCAACUUUGUUCUAUAUUGUUGCUUCUCCGAACGAUUUCGUGUGACGUUUCGUUCGAACUUUACCUUUCUUAGUAAACACUGUGCACAAUACAUCAAACCGGAAUGGUCGAAGUCUACUACUCGUGGAUAUCCAUGUCGAAAUUCAUUUGAUGAUAUUUCUCAAGUAGGCAACUCAAGCCCUGGUCCUCAAUUACAUACACGCGUAUCGAAUUUGAGCGGCGACAUUCAUCUCAAACAUAUGGCUCGCUUCAACUCGUAUCAGAGUCAAUCGUUCGAAGAAAAUGAACAAAUCUGGUGUUUACGAUUUUCGCUUUGUACGCCGAAAAUCAAAAAAUCACGACAGAGUUCGGAAUCAAAAGACACGCAAUUCUUUCCAAAACCAGGAUCGAGAACUUCAACGAUUAGUUCGAUAAAAAGUCCCGCUCAUAUCGUUCGCCAAAUACCAACAUUUCAUUUUCCGUCUGUCGCUUCGAAUCGAACAUUAAAAGUGCUCAUUGAUCGCACGGAACCUGAUUCGAGAUUCGCAGACAAGCAAUCGCCACUCAUUCCAUCGAAACAAGUCUCGUUCUCUUUUUCUGAAGUUGAUCGAACCGUUUUAAAGUCGAGAUUUCAUCCGAAGUUUUAUUCGUAUCGCUCAUUGUCUGAUAAAAAACAAAUUAACGAGCAGAUAUGGAUAAAACGAAUUCGGUCUGAGCAAGAUCUGAACCGACGAAAGUCAUCUUUUUCAAAAGAAAUUCUUGAUGUUACUGUAUAA